AUGUUCAGAGGAAACAACGAAUCAAUCCCAUGCUGCAUCAGACUUGAACAUCGUUCUUUUGCUUGGACUCGGACACCGGCUGAGCGAGAUCACACGACUGAGGAACUCACGCCGCCCCGUCCGUCCGCUGCGUCGUCAAAGGUGACGAAGGCAUUGGAAGGCCAGGAGUCGGAUCGAUGGAACCUGCUGCUGCUUCCCGCCCAGCCUGUAUUGAUCAACUUGGACUCUCUUGGUUGGCUGAGUGAUGGCACGACUGAAGAACUCACGCCUCCCGUCCGUCCAACGCAGUCUGUCAAAUAUGACAGAGGCGAGAGAAGGCCGGGUUCGGAAUCGAUGGAACUUGCUGCUGCUUCUCACUCAGCCGGUAAGUCGAGUAGCUGGACGGGCCUCGUGGCUUUGUUGCAAAUGACAGAGGCGAGAGAAGGCCAGGAGUCGGAUCGAUGGAACCUGCUGCUGCAUCUCACCCAGCCUGUAAGCCGGGUAGCUGGAGUGCCUCUGGCGUAA